AUGAGGGAAGCGGGCAAGUGCCCAAUUGUCCGCAUCGCGGACUUGUACAGGCUGUUGCUCACCCAUCUGGACGCCGUUGUCGCCGACAUCAAGGCGUUUGAUCGCCGCCAAAGCUUGCGGAGGGAUUACAAGGCUAUGCGAAGGCAGGUUUGCGCGUUCGUGGAGGAAACGGCGAGCGGUCAACGUUACAACGGGACUUAUAUGCCUCUUGUGAUGCCAUCGACAGGGGUUGCAACAGCUGGUGCGGCUGAGACUGGCCAAGAAGCUCCUCCUCUCGCGGACGAAGCUGAUGCACAUGCUGGUUCUCCAGAUGAGCAGCCUACUCAGCAUAUUCAGGGGAACACACUCGACAUUGGCGGGUCGAAGGCCCCGUCGCAGUUGGAGGGAGGGGAAGCUAUGAUGGGCGGGUCGAGAACCUCGACACAGGUGGUGGGAGGGGAAACUACUCUGGAAGAGGGUUUGCGGAGGGAAGGCGGUGCAGAUAAGGAGAUGGAGGGAAAGGGGAGGGGCAAAAGCAAGUCGAAGGAUGCGUCGGAGGAGGGCGAGAAGAAGAGAGAGAGGAGGAGGUUGGAGAAGAAGCUGGAAGAAGAGCGCACCAGCACGGAGCAACUGAGGGCGGACUUCACGCGGUCCGUGACGCAGCUUGGGGAGGAAAGGGAGAAGUACGCAAAGGUGCUGCAGGACGCGAGGGAGAUUUUGGAUAAGGUGGAUGGGGUGUCGAAAAGCGCGGUGACAGCGGUGGAGCGAUCUGGGGAGUUGCAGGCGACUUUUGCGAAAGGUGUGGAGACACUCGUGACUGCUCACGCAGAAGCUGCGGUGAAAGCCGAAGGGUUGCGCGUGAAGACUGAGGAGACGCUGACGUCUGUGAAAGUGGCGGUUGCGACCGUGGGCGAGAAACUCGAAACAGCCGCAAAGGGUGCCAUUGACGGCAUCAUUCCACAUGUCAACACCUCCGUGACGAGCGCUGUCACAGCUGCGUCUGAACGCCUCCAAGAGGCCUUCGAGAAAUCCCUCGAGAAGACAGUGGCCGCGUGCGUUGAGAGGGUUGUCGCCAAGAGCCUGGAAACAAUCGGUGCCUCCAUCGUCACGGCUGUUGAUGAUCGUGUCCGCAAGGCAGUCACCGACGCAACAAAGGGGCUGAAGGAGGAGGUUAUCAGCGAGGUGAAGGAGGCGACGCAGAAAGCGUUCGGAGAAGCUGGAUUCGCGGCUCUUCCUGGGGUGUUUGCAGCAGUGUCAGGGCUGGCCCGUCAUGAUGCGGGAGGUGGUGCCGGUGCAAAGCAUCCACGUGGAGACGAUGGGAGCGCGGCGCGAGGUGGUGUGGCGCGAGAGCCAGUCGAAGUUGCGCGGCAGAAGAAGGCAAAGGGGGUGGCGGAGGGCGCAGGAGUGGAGGGGGCGCGUGGGCAGGACGUAGGAGGUUCGCUGCCGUUGCAAGGUGUGCGCGCACCUGAUGCAGGACCGAAUUUUGUUGCGCAACCCUCUGCUGGAGGUGGUAUUGUGUUGGGUCUCCCGACGAAGUCCCAGGUUUCUCCGGGUGGUGUUGCGCAAACCCAACCGGUUGGGCCUGUUAUGCCAGGUGCCGACGUCGGCGGGUUGCCGACGCCGGUGCAGAGGGUGGCGGAGGGCGCAGGAGUGGAGGGGGCGCUGGGGCCGGACGUUGGUUGUUCGCUGCCGUCGCAAGGUGUGUUCGCACCUGGUGCAGGACAGAUUCACGGUGCGCAACCUUCUUCGGGAGGGGGUUUUGUGUUGGGUCGCCCGACGACGGCCCAGAUUUCUCCUGGUGGUGUAGCGCAAACCCAACGUGUUGGCUCUGUUAUGGCGGGUGCCGACGGUGGUGGGUUGGCGACGCGUACGCAGAGUGUGGCGGAUGGCGCAGGAGUGGAGGUGGCGCGCGGGCCGGGCGCUGGUCGUUCGUUGCCGUCGCAAGGUGUGCACGCACCUGGUGCAGGACAGAUUCACGGUGCGAACCCCUCUACACCCGCUUAUGAUUUUGUGACAGAGAUCCGACGUGCCAUGGGACAAGUCGCGGAGGAAGAUCCGCAGGAGAGUUUAGGAGGAAUCAGGGCAGGGUUUGCAGGGCUGCAUAUCCUGCAGCGCCCGGACGAACACGAUGUGCAAUCGCGUCCGGAACGUGUCGUUCCUGCUGCACAGCACGGGGCUAUUCCUGACGGGGGUCUGCUUCGUUUGCCUGCGGACCUCGUAAAUGUGCAUGUCAAGGAUCCUGAAGGAUACGGAGAGGAAUUCGAGGAAGCUGCACGCGAGGGGAAUUUUGCGGAGGCGGAGGAGGCGGAGAAUGAUCCUUCUGGCGCAGGUGAUGGUGCUCCAGCGGAAGGGGAGGCCGACGAAGAAGGCAGGCAUCGCAAGGGGAACGGCAUCCGCCCCGAGAGAGGUGGUCCUGGCUGGACAGGCGACAUUGUCCACGGCGGACGCUCCCGCUAUGUUGGCUACUCGUUGCAGCACGAGGACGUGAUGUUCAACGUGUCCGUGGCCAUGAUGGUGCUGGACGGACACGUCUCCAAGGUGCUGUGGGAGAAUCCCAACGACCCCGAGGCGCCUGCGCGUCACCCGGAGUGGCCGGCGGAGUGGGCCGUUGCCAAGAAGCUGCCGAAAGGGUUGUGGACUGCCAUGUGGGCUCGUGGCUGCUGCAGCGACACUGGCAGGCUCCGUACUUUUUUCGGCAACGUGUCUGCGAAUGAGAACAGAGGGUUGGAUUUCCAGGCUGCGGUGUGCGAGGCGAUCGGGGACGUUACUGCCUCGCUGGAGGCCCCUGCCGGACUCCCUUCUAUUGCGUACGCAGUCUGUAUCGCCUCCACAUUCGCAGCAGCAUGGUACGUGGCCUCUGAGACUGCGCCACAAUUCGCGGAAGCCUCUCGCACGGCCAUGGCAGUGGGGAAGCAGAUCGACCUUCAGAGAGCUUGGCCACUUCUUCCGGAUAACUUGGAGAACGUGAUCUCGGCUGUGAUGCAUGUUGUAUCUCGUUCGGAGGGAGGGUCCGUUGCGCCUGAACAUGCGAAUGCAUGGGUCGACACGGUCAUGUCUCAGGCUCUGCAGGUGGUGAACAAGCAGGGAGAUCCCUGGUCGCAGUGGAUCGCCGUGGAGAUGAUAUAUACCUUGGCGUACUGGUGCGACAGCCCCGACGGACGUUCUUCUUUGGCUGCUGUUGGUAUGGUGGCUCCUGUGACGGACAGCAUGAAGUCGAUCACCAAGUAUAGGAUGAAGCGCACCUACAAGACUGGCAGGUGGAUGGUUCCCGGAGCUAAGGCAGUCACCAAGACUCGCGCGCGAGGUGGUCGUGGGGGAAUGCAGCGCGGAGGUUCGGGAAAGCGUUGA